AUGAAUCAAGCCCUUGGGGGAGGGGGAUGUCGGAGGUCACGUGACAUAACCAAGGCUUCUUACUGGCCUUCGCUGAUUAGACCCACGCCCCCUUUCUGGCGCUGGGGUAUAAAAGGGCUCGGCGGCGGGGGAGAGGUGUCAGUCAUCUCCGAGAGCGGGCGGAAUAAAAAAGUGUCCAUGGCGGGCAGUGACCAUCUGGAUGAGGUGCUGGCGGAGGUGGGCUACGGCAGGUGGCAGGUGCCCAUCGUGCUGCUCAGCCUGGCAAUUCAUGCCAUGGUCCCUGUGCAUCAGCUCGGGUCCACGCUGCUGAGCUCUCCUGUCGACUUCCGUUGCCUUCGCCCCCACGCCUCGCCCGCCCUCGCUGCCAACGACAGCGAGGGGAGCGGGUACCAGACAGAUCUGCCUGCCGACGACCUGCCCGAGUUUCCAAGCCUCUGCCUCGACCCUGUCAACCUGUCUGCUGCCCUCCGCCCUGCCAACACGACCGUCAGUAAAGUCAGCCUCACGCGGAUCUCCACUGGCAUACCGUCCUGUCCGGAGGUUGAAUAUGACACCUCCGUUUUCACCUCAACUAUAAUUACGGAGUGGCACCUGAUUUGCGAGAGGACAUCGUGGAGGACGCUGUUCCCGAUGAUGUACCCGAUCGGGUCUCUGGUCGGGAGCGCCGUCGGGGGCUACUUCAGCGACAGGAUCGGCCGAAAGUUAACAUCCAGAAUCGGCGUCCUGCUCGCUCUGCCCACGUGCCUCGGGAUCACUGUGGUGCCCUGGUUCAGCGUCAUGUUGGCCAUGAAGAUGCUGGCAGGAUUUGCGGCGAUUUUCGUGUUCUAUCCGUGCUACAGCCUCGCCGCCGAGACGUCGCCGCCACGGUACAGAGGCCCCACCUUAAUGCUCCUCUCCUUGUCCUUCUUCGUGGUCAUGACGGCGUUCGGGGCUCUCGGCUACGUGGUGACGGCGUGGAGAGUCCUCUGGCUCGUCUGCAACAUCCCUCUCUUGCUCGCAGUGCCGAUGACCAUGUUGAUCGACGAGUCUCCCCGCUGGCUGAUUCAGAAGGGCUUCGGGGCAGAGGCGGCCGCGGUGCUCGAAAGGGCGGCACUGAAGAACGGCGUCCAGCUUUCAGACGGAACCAACUCGUAUCUGGAGAAGCUCAAACUGCUGACCGCGAGUUCCGGAGCAGCGGCCACAGGGGAUGGAUGCCAGUACUCGUGGAUCUCGAAUGCCUUGUCUUAUCUCCGGUCGCCUGCCAUGCGCCUCGUCCUUGUGGUUACGCCCUUGGUCUGGAUCUUCCAAAGGAUGGUGUACGUGGGCAUCAUCCUCAGUGCCAACAACUUCACCAGUAACAGCCCCUUCGAGUUUGUGAUCAUUUCCGGCGGAAUCGCUGGGAUAACAAUCCUUCUGACGACGCCCGUCAUGGUGAAGCUCGGCAGGAAGACCCUUAUUGUUGGGGCCUUCCUCACCAGCACCGUCAUGCUGCUCUGCGACUUGGCUGUGCCCGCAGAACACUGGUGGCUCAAAUGGAUCCUCGUCCUGGGCGCCUUCUGCUUCUCCGUCGGGGCCUUCCAGGUUAACUACGUGUUCGCGGCUGAGCUGAUGCCGACGGUGAUUCGAACUCGCGGAUUCACACUCUGCAAUCUCGUGGGCUGUAUUGGGGAGGCGCUCGUCCCUAUUAUAACGGAAGUGGUGAGUCGCUACGCCUGGUGGGCCUCGAGUGUGUGCUUCGGGUUAGCGGGCAUCGUGGCAAGCGUCCUAGUGACCUUGCUUCCCGAGACGAAGGGGAGGUCACUGCCGGAGAGCAUCGCGGACGUCGAGGAGAGACACAACAGCAUCAAGAACAAAGACACAGACAAAGACACAAAGAAAGAGAAGGGUCUUGUAUGAUAAAGAGACAAAUACAUAGAUAAAAAAACAGUGAACAAACAAAGACACUAACAAAGACACAAAGAAAGAGAAGGGUCUUGUAUGAUAAACAGACAAACAGAUAGAUAAACAAAAACAGCGAACAAACAAAGACACUAACAAAGACACAAAGAAAGAAACAAAAGUGUUGUAUGAUAAACAAACAAACAAACAGACAAAUUAAAACCAUAUAAUACUCUUAAAUGAAGAGACAAUGAAGAAGAACAAACUGCGUUGGUCAUUUCUUUUGACUUCUGUGAUAACGGUUGCAGAUCAUAACCUUUCUGAUAUCCGUAGGAGGAGAAGGAAGGACAAUAACACAGUAAAUAAUAAUAACAACGCUAAUAAUAAUAAUAAUGCUAAUAAUAAUAUUAAUAAUAAAGGAAGAUAGGAGAGGAAAUAAUAUGAAGUAUAUAUAUAUAUGAGUAUGAUAUAUGUCGUGUUGUGAUAUUGAUGCUAAAAACAAUAGCUUACCUUUAACAUAUAUUGCAGACAAAUGUCAAAAUGUAGCAUCUAUCAAAAGAUCAAAUAAAUAUGUAUAAUCAUUUGUAAAGAAGAAAUCUUAAUGGAGUCUGUAAGAUGCAAAGAUUUCAUCUCUUCUAAUUCGAAGUGUUAUAUAAAAAAUGUAAACAAAGAGCCAUUUUGAACAUCGGGCAAAUAAACGUGCAAUAUUA